AUGGACGAAGCUUCGUCCAUCUCUAACGCCAACACCAUUGCGGGCAAUGGAGUAGUUGACGAGGAGGCAAAGAAACCUGAUUCUAAGAGGAGGAAUUCAAAGCUCAAGCCUCUCCCUCCACCACUCCGUGAAAGGAAACGAGCUGUGAUGAUCAGACUUCAACCUCGGAACCUUGUGAAGCAUGGCUUGAUUCCGGAAAUUUCCUGGCUCAAGUAUUACCAUAAUGAGAAUCAGCUCGAGGUCCAGUUGAUAGACAAAGGGAAUCGCUAUGUUUGUCAAGACGGCGAGGUUCGCGAUUUCAAGAGCUUCAGGGACGUCUCGAAGGCACAGUUCGCUGAUGAGCUGGGCCUAGAGGAGAUGAAGGACGUGUGGUUUAUCAGUGAAUUGCAAGGUGCUCCAGGACGAAGCUUGAGAGAGCUAGAAGCUCAGCUUGACAGCAUGAGCUCUUCACGUUUGGAGGACGAAUGUUCCGGUGAUGAGGCUUAUGGAACUCCUUCACAGAAUGAGACGCGGCGGUCGUCUUCUGUGACAGAGACGACGAGGACAUGCAAACCCGACAUCUCAGCCAAGUCUCAUGCCGCACCCCAGAAUUGGGGGAAGAGCAAAUUUCAAAACAUACAAGGCAAGAAGUACCGACGAAGGAGUCAGAAUUUCACAACUGUGAUACAUCCGGAAAGAACCUACGCCAAGCGAUCCUUGUUUAUCUUUGAUUUGAAUAAUCCACUGAGAAGGGCGAUCAUCUCAGGCAUUGAAUCUCCUUGGUGGGAUAGAUGCGUCCUUUCGGUCAUCUUUCUCAACACCUUUUUCCUCGCCAUGUACGAUCCCUUCGAUACUCCAGACUGGCGAGAGUGCGAGCUCGGAAUCACCGACCCUUAUGGAUAUUGUAGUUGGCACAAUGAGACAUGGAGGCUGGCUCCAGCUGCGGGGUCUAUGCUACUGUCGGGAAAGUCAUGGCCACCUUUCCAUCGAGACUUCUUGGAUUUCUCAUCCAAGAUCUUCUCGGCUUUCUUCAUCCUGGAAUUCGUUGCCAAGAUCAUUGCCCUUGGGUUUAUGGUGGGACCCAACACUUAUCUACGAGAUGCCUGGAACUGGUUGGACCUUUUGGUUGUCAUCAUCGGAUGCCUGGACUUCAUGCCUUCCUCCAACGGAAAUUCGACGUCCAACUUGAGCGCCCUUCGUUCACUGAGACUUCUUCGGCCUCUGAGGGCGAUCAACAGGCUUGAAGAGCUCAAAUUCUUCGUGGUCCUCGUGUUUAAGGCGGUUCCCAUGCUGAUGAACGUCUUGCUGAUCUGUGCUGUGCUGUUUCUACUCUUUGGAAUUCUCGGCCUGGACUUGUAUCAAGGCGUCUUGAGGGGGAGGUGCUACGACAUCGAAACAGGGAUUCCAGGACAAGAUGUAUGCUCCAAGGGUGAGGAAUGUCUCCUCCUUGGACAAAACCUCGGCCGGGGUUUGAUCCACUUCGACGACAUCGGGCACUCGCUGCUUGCGAUCUUUCAAAUCGUCACUCUAGAGGGCUGGGCUGACAUCUGCUAUGCUUUGCAGGAUGCUGCCGGUUUCUGGAACUUUAUAUACUUCCUUGCAUUGAUCUGCCUUGGAUCUUUCUUUGCUGUCCAGCUGUUCUUGGUCGUUAUCUCAAACCAGUAUGCCUUCUUGAUGGAACAUCAACAGAAGAAACUCCCUGCGGAUUCUGGAAAAUCCAGCAUUCUCGAGGUAAAGCGUCCUUCACUGCAAAGAUCAGGGUCACUCAGCAAUGUGUUGGCAUCUGAUCCAAAGAGGCUUGACGGUUUUGCGAGAUGGAAGUUUGUCAUGAAGACUUUCGUCAAGUCGGAGCUAUUCGUCAACUUCAUCCUCCUCGUCAUCUUCUGCAACACCAUCAGCAUGGCGCUCGACGGCAUCUGUGAGUUCGAAACUCACUCCUGGUGUGCUCCAAUGAAGGCCAGCAUGGAGAUCGCAAACAUUGUCUUCACCUUUAUCUUUGCUCUCGAGAUGUUUCUCAAGGUCACCUUGCUCGGGCCCCAGAGAUACUUCGGAGUCGCCACUAACGUCUUCGACUUCAUCAUCGUCGUCCUUAGCUUCCUCGAGGUCUUCAGCGGAGGUUUUGCAAACGUCUACAAGUGUUACACCACGUCCCCGACCGAGGCAGACUUGAAUGUAACCCUGUACUUGCCCACCAGCGUGAGCCAGGCCUUCCUCUCCGACGAUGACAUGGCUGCCCUUAGUUUUGACAAGGUGAUCAGGUCAGAUGAGGGAGACCUCAAAGUCAACCCAUGGUUCUACUACACGUGCGGGAGUGGGAGUUUCGUCUCUCUGCUAAGGGCGCUAAGGCUCUUCCGCCUGGUGAAGCUGCUCAGCGCCUUCCCGGAGCUGCAGAAACAAGUCAUGAUCCUGGGCGAGGUGGUGAAGUCAGUGUUCGCUCUUAUCCUCCUCAUGGCCUUCUUCCUCAUUAUCUUCAUGAUCCUUGGCAUGAAUCUCUUCGGCGGCCUCAUCACCACAGAGUGGGACGCGUCCUCCUUGCAGAAGGGCCAGGAGGUCUUCGUGACUUUCGCCAACGACUCCAACGGCGGCAUCGCCCGCCAUGGCAUCAUCUACCAGUUCAAGGGAACCGACCCGGUAGCUCCGUGGAAGGUGAAGAUCGAGUUUGCAGAUGUGGAGCCGGCGAUAAACAGGUCGGUUGGAGGGCUGCUGGACAAGGACGGGAUGGCCUGGUGCUCGACCCUGGACGAUGCAUCGGGAGCCGUGCCGUACAUCUCCAGCAUCGUCCCGAGAUUUCACUACAACAACCUCGGCCAGGCGUUUAUCACCUCCUUCCAGGUGCUGACGAUCGCCAACUGGAACGAUGACCUGUACGACACCACAGCGAGCGCGGGAGGCAACAGCGCAGUGUUCUUCUGCAUGAUCGUCAUCGUCGGCAACUGGGUCAUCUUCAACCUCUUCGUCGCUAUCCUCAUCUCCAAGUUCAUGGACUCCAAGGCGGAGAACCUCAAGAAGAACAUGAGGGACAUGGAGAAGGCCUUCCAGGACGUGUUUGCAGACCUCAAUGAGGAGGACCUCGUGAGGUUCGUGGAGAAAGUCUUCACAUCUCUCGACGUUGACUCCUCCGGCGUGAUCGACAUCUACGAGCUGAGACACGCUCUGGGGAAGCUGGGGAUGCAGCUGGACAUCUCCUCGGUACGCGAUCUCCUCCGUGAGUUUGACCACGAUGGCAGUGGAGGAAUCUCGUUCCAGGAGUUCCUGGUGCUCAUCAAGUCGCAACUUGACAAGAUAGCGAGCAAGGACACGAGGGAGAAGCUGAGAGACUCGGGGAAGAGCUUCCGGUCGGAGGAGCUUGAGUUCAUCGGGAGGGUGGAGGUGCAUUCCAACGAGGAGGAGGAAGAGCGAGGGACGGUGAAGGGCCUGAAGCAGGCGAUCGAGCAUCCCUUCUUCGACAGGUUCAUCCUCGUUUGUAUCGUGCUCAGCACUGUCACGCUAUCGCUCGACAACAAGUACAUCCCGGAGGGCAGCAGCAUGGGAAGGUUUCUCUCGGGGACCGAGAUCUUCCUCAACCUCGUCUUUACCAUGGAGAUGAUCGUCAAGAUCCUCGCCUGCUCGUUCAGGUCCUACUUCGCAUCUUCUUGGAACCGUCUCGACAUGUUCAUCGUCAUCACCAGCGACCUUGAUAUGAUCCUGACGCUCGUGCAUGUCGAGCAGUCGCUCAGCCUCUUCAAGUCUCUGCGAGCCUUCCGUCCUCUCGCAAGGAUUCACGGUCUUCGUAUUCUCCUCGAAGCCAUGUUCCUCGCUGUCGCUCCUGUCAUCAACACCGGCGCCAUCGCCGUUGCCUCCUGCCUCCUCCUCGGCAUCCUCGGCCUCCAGCUGCUCGGCUCCCAGCUGGGCUACUGCAGCGACGCGGCAGUAUGGAGCAAGCUACAGUGCGACGGGAUAGAUGAUGGGGGGAGCCCGAGGAAGUGGGAGAGCUACGUGAUGAACUUUGACAACCUCGGGCAGGCCGUCCUGACGCAGCUGAUGAUCGCAAGCCAGGACGACUGGCCGAGCCACAUGCUCGCCGGGGUUGACUCGACGGGCAAGGUGACGGGACCCCAGCAGAACACCAGCAUGUCUCUUGUUGUCUUCUACCUCAUCUCCUUCCUCGUCACGAGCUCGGUGAUCGUCAACAUGUUCGUUGCCGUGUGUGUGGACUGCUACAACACGACGCUGGUGGCUGACGGGACCAGCCAAGUGGAGGAAGAGAGAGAGAAGCUGUGCGAAGGCCGGAUCAGCGACACUCCGGCCCAGUCCAUGGCCCUCUCGAUCAUCACGAGCGUCCCGUUCGAGAUCCUCAUGAACGUGCUAACUGUCGUCCAGAUCUGCUGCAUGAUGCUCGGGAGCUGGAAGCAGUCUGAGGCCCAGCACCAGGUCGACGUGUACAGCAACUUCUUCUUCACCUUCUUCUUCGGCGCCGAGUGCAUCCUCAAGUUCGUAGCCCUCUCUCCUCGCCGCUACUUCAAGGGAUGGGAGAAUCGCCUCGACUAUUUCAUUGUGGUCUCCAGCUUCGUCUCCACCUCCGUGGAGGCCGUUGGGAACCUGCUGAACCCUGCUCUCCUGCGAUCCGUCCGCCUCAUCCGCCUCGUCCGCAUCCUCCGCAUCCUCCGCAUCCUCCGAAGCGUCAACGGCCCGCAGGAGAUCCUCUCUGCCAUCGCCGGAUCGACUGCCUCCAUCCUGAACCUGCUCGUCCUCAUAGGCGUGCUGUUCUUCAUCUAUGCUGUCAUAGGUGUCGACGUCUUCGGCGGCCUCUGCGUCGAUGGUGAUCAGAACUCUGCCGGACUGCGAGCGGUGCGGUGCCUCAUGACCAGCGAGGACCGCCUGCUCGAUCGCCAUGCGCACUUCCAGGGUAUGGGAAUGGCCUUGCUCACGCUCCUCCGCACAGCGACGGGGGACGCGUGGGGGGAGGUGAUGGGGAGUCUUUCCCUCACGGCAUCUCGCCGUGAGCCCAUGGCUGCUGACGUCUGGCUGGAGGUGACCCGAGCUCUCUCGCCGCAAACAUCCAACAUCACCGCUCUCACCUCCUCGUCCUCCUCGUCCUCCUCGUCCUCCUCCUCGUUAUCUCGCCGGAGUCACGGGCGACUGGUUCGGGAUACUGUCAUGGGGCCUCGGCGGGGAGAGGAGGAGCAAGAAGCGGCUCGGAUCCUCGCCCUGGGCCCGGAGUUCCCUGGAGUCUCCAUGGCUGUGGCCAAGUUCGCACUCCAGCAGUGGCUUGCGAGCGUCGAGGGGCAGCAGGAGACGCAUGACUGGCCGCUGCCGACGCCGGAGGCCGAGCAGUGGGUCCAGCUGGCAAGGAUGGCGUUGCCCAACUGUCUGACAGGAGCGGAGAUGAAGAACCUGAGCGAGGCCGGGCUGGCCGACUGCUCCAUCCCGGGCCACUUCCACUCGUCCGGCUCGCUCGAUUGCCCGUCGACGUGCGGGCUGCCACUGCUGUGGUGCUCUGUCUUCCUGUACUCCUUCUUCGGACUGUCGGCCUACGUGAUGCUGCAGCUGGUGAUCGGCGUGUUGAUGGACCAGCUCUCUGCUCGGCAAACGGAGGAGAAGUUGAUGGGGGCCCGGCACGUGCCGGGCCGGGAGGAGCUGACCAUCGCUGUCCUGCAGAGGAUGUAUCGCAGGUGGCUGUGGAGAUUGAAGGAGGAGGAGAAGAGGCAGAGUCAGCAGCAGAGGAGGAUGAGCAUGAUGUCAUGGAGCUGA